GGGUCAGUGUAACUCUGUGGCAUAUGUUGGACUGACCUGCCUCGAGGGAGAACACAGUAUGUCGAAUGGGACAGUUGUUGGAAAAAGAAUCGAGAAAUGUGAAAGAAAACUUUGUGGGACUGAUUCUCCCUCAGAUGGACCCGUCAUGAGUCAGGAAAAGACUGACUCUUUGUUUGUGAGAGUUUGGCCAGGCGUGGACUCACCUGCAGAGAGGGAAGUCCUUUACCUGAACCCUCAAACACCAAACUGGCCUCUUGUGGAGAAGUUUUCUCAGCUUUCAGCGGCAGUAGACAUCGAAAUCAACAAUGAUCAAGACAACAGCAGAGCCUUGUUGAGACAUUCAAAACACACUGAGACCAAUAAAUUAUGUGACCAUAUUGAUGAGCUGGCAGAGGCUUUGAAGAAGGAGAAAAGAAAAUCCACCAAACACACCCAGAGCCAAAAUGAAGAACAACAGAAGCCUCUUAAUCUGAAAACAAUUAAUGAUAAAAAUGAAAACAAGACCAAAAUCAGAAAUGGGAAAGGUCUUAGUAAGAACUGUCCAAAAAAAUGUAAAGAUAACAAAGUCCCUCAACUUUUAUUUGCCAUGAAAAGACGGACUGCGGUAGAUACUGAAGAGCGUCCCUUCAAAUGCACACACUGCCACUGGGCUUUCAAGAAACUCUGUAACCUGCAGAGUCACCUGCAGACUCACACCGGACUCAAGCCACAUGUGUGUGACAUUUGUGGUAAAGCGUAUUCUCAUCAGGGCACACUGCAGCAGCACAAACGUCUGCACACUGGUGAGAGACCAUAUCACUGUCCCUUCUGUGUGAAAACAUACAUCUGGUCUUCAGAUUAUCGCAAACACAUCCGCACGCACACAGGUGAGAAGCCCUACAUCUGUGACUCCUGUGGAAAGGAUUUCAUACGCUCCUCUGACCUGAGAAAGCAUGAGAGGAACAUGCACACCAACAACAAGCCCUUCCCGUGCACACACUGUGGGAAGACCUUCAACAAGCCCCUUUCCCUGAAGCGCCACGAGCGGAAGCACCUGGGAGAAAGACCUUUCUCUUGCCCUGACUGUGGAAAAGCAUUUGCCCUGGCCAGUCGCAUGGCCGAACACCAGAAAAUCCACAUGGGAGUGCGUCCGUACGUCUGCUCUGUCUGCUCCAAGUGCUUCACGAAAUCCUCCAACCUGACAGAGCACGAGGCCAUUCACAGCGGAGUGCGGCCUCAUAAGUGUUCGGAGUGUGGCAUGGCGUUCGCCAUGGCCUCCCGUCUGGUUCGGCACCAGUUCAUCCACAACAAUCAGAAACCCCACAGCUGCACGGGCUGCAGCAAGAACUUCAGCCACCUGGCAAAGCUGACGCUGCACCAGGAGCAAACCUGCGCUGGGAGGAUCUUUGUCUGCGUGGAGUGUGACAAAUCGUUUCUGUGUGCCACCAAGCUUGCACAGCAUGUGCUAGAACACAGUGAGAAAAGUGCGUGAGCCUCAUUAAAGGCCGGUUCUGGUCCCAUUUAUUCUAUGUGCUGCAACACUUUACUCAACGACUGUAUGCUCAGGGCAGUUAGGUCAACAAAUUGUUAGGGCCUGACUUUCAUGGUGAUGGGGGUCAUGUGUCGUGUGUGUCAUGUGCAUGUGUGUGUUAAAGAAACCAUAAAAAACAUUCUGGACCUCAGGACAGCGAAAAGCUCCUUAUGCGUCAAGUUUUGGUAUGAGGGACUUGGUUGUUUCGGUGCACAUCUGUCAAAGGAAACAUUUAUGGUGCUCACAUGAUGCCUUUAUUGUCCUAUCAACUGUGGGAAUCUACCCUAUUGUUAUUUUCGAACAGAAAGCAAAACUGUGAAGCAGAAAGAAAAAUUGUGUAAUCAUCCCUUGUUUUGUUAAACACACACACACAAAAGAAAAAGCCUUAACAGGUGGGUAAUUACAUGAUACUAGACUAGUACUUACAGGGUUUUUCCCUGGUAUUUACAAGAUAAUGUGCUAUGUAAGGGAUGUUUACAGGGCAUGUACCAAUAGCACUUAUAGAGUAAUUGCCUGCUACUUACAAGAUACUUAAUUGGGAUGUACUGAAUAUGUACCUAGAGCUUACAUGGAACCCACAGUGUAUUUACAUUGUACUUGCAUGGAGCUCACAGGGUUCUUGCCUGUAUAUACCAAGUACAUAACACAUACUGGUACUGGUAUAUACAUACUCAGUAAUUACCAAGUACCAAGAACGUGCACAGUUAGUACCAGGCACAAACAAAUAUAUGUCGUGAUAUGUCCCCAUCAGGGACAUCAGAUACACAUUUUGCAUUAUCUGUGUACUAAGUAUUGCUACUACAUACAAACUAAUAUUUGAUACCUGAAGCAGCAGAAAGUGUUUUAAAAAAUCAUUUAAAAAGAAAUGUUCAUGAGUUUUGCCUCAACUGUUCCUGAGACAAACUAAGAGUUAUUUGACAAAUCUCUUCAGUCCUAUUGAUUAGUCAUGGUUUUAUCAAACUGUCCAUGUGCUGCUACUUUGGGUUGUAAGAAUAACACUUUUGAUCAUUCGAUGUUUGUCAGCACAAUUUAUUUUAAUUCAUUUUACAAGCAUUGACAGUAAGAGUCAUUCUGUUUUUCUUAAUAAAAAGUGAGAACUUGUUUGAAUUCUAA